ACAAAAGAUAAAUAAUGAGAGAAGAAGGAUCUCAUGUUAUCGUUCUGCCUUUCCCAGGACAAGGCCACAUAACUCCCAUGUCUCAGUUCUGCAAACGCUUAGCCUCAAAAGGUCUUAAGCCCACUCUUUUCCUCGUCUCCGACAAACCCACGCCUCCAUACAAAACAGAGCACGACUCAGUCACUGUCUUCCCCAUCCCCAAUGGCUUUCAAGAAGGCGAAGAGCCUUUGCAAGACCUCGAUGAUUACAUGGAAAGAGUAGAAACCAGCAUCAAAAACAGCUUACCGAAGUUGAUUGAAGACAUGAAACUGUCGGGAAAUCGUCCUAAGGCUCUAGUGUACGACUCCACCAUGCCAUGGCUUCUUGAUGUAGCUCAUAGUUAUGGUUUGAGGGGUGCCGUGUUUUUCACGCAGCCUUGGCUUGUAACAGCUAUUUACUACCAUGUUUUCAAGGGUUCCUACUCUGUGCCGCCAACAAAGUACGGUCACUCUACGUUAGCAUCUUUCCCGUCGUUCCCGAUGCUUAAUUCGAAUGAUUUGCCGUCUUUCCUCUGUGAAUCGUCCUCUUACCCCAAUAUACUAAGGAUUGUGGUCGAUCAGCUCUCAAACAUUGAUCGAGUUGAUAUAGUUUUGUGCAACACUUUCGAUAAAUUGGAGGAAAAGGUGUUGAAAUGGGUCCAAAGCUUGUGGCCAGUCUUGAAUAUUGGACCAAUGGUUCCAUCGAUGUUUUUAGACAAACGUCUGUCCGAAGACAAAAACUACGGAUUUAGCCUCUUCAAUGCAAAAUUCACGGAAUGCAUCGAGUGGCUAAACUCAAAGCAGCCUAAUUCUGUUGUCUAUGUAUCAUUCGGAAGUUUGGUGGUUCUAAAAGAAGAUCAAAUGAUGGAACUCGCGGCGGGUCUAAAACAGACGGAACGUUUCUUUUUGUGGGUUGUGAGAGAGACAGAAACAGACAAAAUCCCAAGAAACUUUGUAGAAGAAAUCGGUGAGAAAGGACUGAUAGUGAGCUGGAGCCCUCAGCUUGAAGUACUUGCACACAAAUCGAUCGGCUGUUUCUUGACACACUGUGGAUGGAACUCGAUGUCAGAGGGAUUGAGUUUGGGAGUUCCAAUGAUUGGUAUGCCACAUUGGACAGAUCAGCCAACAAAUACAAAGUUCAUGGAGGAUGUGUGGAAGGUUGGGGUUAGGGUUAAAGCAGAAGACGAUGGGUUAGUGAGAAGAGAAGAGAUUGUGAAACGUGUGGGAGAAGUAAUGGAAGGAGAGAAAGGGAAAGAGAUGAGAAAGAAUGCUGAGAAAUGGAAAGUGUUGGCUCGAGAAGCUGUUUCUGAAGGAGGUAGCUCUGAUAAGAGCAUAAAUGAGUUUGUUUCUAUGUUUUGGUGAACGAUUGAAAUGUGUAAGUAAUUUACAACUCCCUAUUCCAAGUUCCGUAUGCCAAAGGAAAAGGAACUUUCUAAUGAAAAUUUCAUACCAGCAGGCAUGCUCACAUCAGCUCGUCUAUCUCCAUCUAGUCAAAAGAAUUGAGGAAAAGAGUUUCAGUUUUCAGAAGUCAAAAGACUGAUGAGCCAAUUGGUGACAAAUUCGAACGUUAGGAUCUUCACAAAUUGGAUUGGAUACAUUGCAAAAAUCAUGUUUUAUUUUAUUUUAAAAUAUUAUUGUUAUUAAUAAGAGUUUGUG